CGCGAGUGUCCUUUGUGCCCCAUUGACCGUGGUGAUUGUUCAGGUGCGAUAAGAACGCAAAAGAGCCAGCUGAAGCGUGAGAAAGUUCUCUAUUUGCUGCCCAUCAAGGCCACAAGAUAUCUCAAUUAAUUGCGCCACAAAGCCCUCGAAACAAUGAAUUCCAUCCUCAUUACCGGGUGCAACAGGGGCCUAGGCCUGGGAUUGGUGAAGUGUCUUGUGCGGAAUGGUCGGGAAAUGCCCAAACACCUCCUGGCCACCGUGAGAAAUGCAGAAAAAGCCCAAGAACUUCAGCAACUGGCUAAAGAACACUCAAACAUCCAUAUUCUCGAGAUUGAUCUCACCAAUUUCGACGAAUACGAAGCCUUUGCGAAGAAAGUGGACAAUAUUGUGAAGGAAGAUGGCUUAAAUGUCCUCUUCAACAGCGCUGGAUUGGCUCCAAAGUCAACUAGACUACCCCACGCUCAACUGAAAGACUUGAGGGAGUGCUUUGAGGUCAAUUCACUGGCUCCGGUGAUGAUGACCAAGGCAAUGCUGCCAUUGCUUCAGAGAGCCUCUGCUCUGCAUGCAGAUCGUCCUAUUGGGCCACAGAGAGCGUGUGUGGUCAAUAUGACGUCAGUGCUGGGAUCGAUCGGGGCUAAUGACAGUGGCGGCCUCUAUGCCUAUCGCAUGUCCAAGGCCGCCCUGAAUGCUGCAACCAAGUCCAUGAGCUUGGAUCUCCGAGGAGAUAGCAUCAUGGCGAUUUGCCUUCAUCCCGGCUGGGUUAGAACGGACAUGGGCGGCCAGAAGGCGCCGUUAGAUGUCGAAACGAGUGUUUCAGGGAUGGUGAAAGUGAUCGACAGCCUACAACCUCAGCACAAUGGGAAGUUCUUGCAAUUCGAUGGGAAGGAAAUUGAAUGGUGAAGUGAUCAAAAGUGUAAUGGUUAGUUUUGCAUAAAUAAAGGCAAUUUUACAGGGAAAAUGAGAGUUUGAUCUUUUUGCCUGCUUUUGGGAGAUUGUUAAUUUUUCGAGGAAGUUUCUUGAAAUUAAAAACCAUGAAUUUUUUUAUAAGGUGAUAUAUUUAUAGUCAUUUAAAAUUUAAUUUACAAUGUACUUAUUAUCAUUCAAUUUUUUUUUAUAAUUAGGACUUACAAUUUAAUGUUCUUUUCAUUUCUCUUUUUUUUUAAUAAUCUUAAAUACACUUCUUUUUUUUAUUCUUUAAUAAUAUUUUCCUCUCACACUUAUUUCUCAUUUUGACUUACGACAAAGACAAAAAUAAUAAAAUGUAAAAUAGUUUCAUCAGGAAAUAAAAUGAUAAUAAAAUUAAAUAAAUAUAAAUGACGAAUAACAUGGCAUUAUAACAAAAUAAAAAGUUAGCUAUUUUCUUAAUUUCUCAUUUUUUUAUUUUAUUUUUUUUUUGUUUUUUGUUUCUUUUACUUAAUAAAAUCUUUGUGGAAUUAAUUUUUCUUCAUUCUUUUGUGUGACAAAGUCGUGUUAUUUUUCUAUUUAGUCAAUCUUGUUUUUUUCAUUUUUUGUUCUCGAUUCUUCCUCAAGGGCAGAAGAGGAAGAAUCGAUGAAGGAAAAUAGAGGAAGUUCUCAUGAGGAAUCGAUGAAAUAAAUACAACAAUUGAACGUCAUAAUGAUUAUUUUUUUUAAAUUUUUUCUUCAGAUGAAAAGAAAUUAAUCCCUUUUUUGAAAUAUUUUGUUUUUCUUGCAAAAACAAAAAUUAUUUUGAGGGAUUUCUUGCUUUUCAUGCUUUUCCCGGCAUUUCUGUACCAAAUUUUUCAUCUUUAUCAAUUUUAUUUCUUUGUUUUUACAUCUAAAAGUAAUAAUUUAUGGAUUUAUCAUAAAUACAGUUAAUUAUAAGAUUAGUUUAUCAACUAAUGUUCAUCAUGUAUAAUUGGCUAUCUAAAUAGAAAUCUAUUCUUUUUUUUUUUAUUUAAACUAUCAAUUCUUUUUUUAAAGUUUUUUUUAGGAGUUUUUAAAACUUUUUUUUCUCUUUUCUACAUGAUUUCUAUUUUAGUUGUAAAAAAAAUCUGCCAUUUUUUUGACGAACUUUGAAAAAUUUCUCAUUUUUUCGAAAAAGGAUUUAAUAAAACAAAAAAUAAACGGAAAAAACAAAAGAAAAACAAUUUCACAAAAUCAUUUUUUUCUUCUCACUACACUUAAGAGUAUCUUAGUUUUUUUUUUAAAUUUUUCUCUUAAUAAAAUAUUGUUUUUUUUUAUUAAAAAAUGUUUUUCAUUUUAUGUAUACUUUUUCCUUUUUUUUUUAAAUUUAUCGCUACUUUCUAAAUGAUUUUCUUUUCCUUUUUAAAAUAUUCUUUAUCGUUUAUAGUUUUUUCUUCACUAUUUUUUAGUUAUAUUUUAUUUUUAUUUUUUUAGGUAAAUCCUUAAAUGUUUUUUUUAGUGUAUAAUGAUUUCUUUUCUCUCUUUUUUUCUUUUAAAUUAUCUUCUUAUUUUAAUUCCUUAUAAAAUAUAAAGAACACAUAAUUUCCACAUAUUUUAUCUCUUGUUUUUUCUUUUUUUUUUAAAUUUACUUUCUUAAUCAAUUCAUCUCUUUUUUUUUGCUAUUUGGUUUUUAAUGUUUUCCCGUCUUCUUUAGUGGCUAUAAUAUAUUUUUUCCAUUUGAAAUGUAUAAUAAAAUUGAUGGAUUAUUUACAAAUAUUCUUUUCAAUCGUUUUUUUUUUCUUCUCAUUUAACAAUCAACUAUUUUUUUUUUAAAUUUUCGUCUUAUUCGCAAUAGUGAGUGUAAUAUGCAUUUUUUUUAAAUUACAAGGAGGAAAUAUCUCAACUGUUUUGCAUUUUCUUUUUUAAAUAUGUUCAUAGCUGACCAAAAAAUAUAUUUUUUUUACUAUUAUUUUCCAAUAUAGAAAUUUCUGUUUUAUAUUUUUUGUCUCUUUUUAAAAAAUACACGUUUUCUCCUAUUUUUUUCACAUUAGGUAAGUUUUUAUUUCUGUCUCAGUGUCUUUUACUUUAAAUGUUGCAUUAUUUUUAAAAAACUUUUCACUAUUUUAGUAACUAAAUUCCAUCAAUUCCAUUAUUUUCUUUAGUGUUAUUUUCAUUUACGAUCUAUUAGGUUAUUUUGACGUUUUAAGUGACAGAACAGUUGAUGGCAAAAUUUGACGGGUAAAUGUUUGACAAGGUGACAGCAAUAGUGUCAAAAACUGACAGCUAUGUAGAGACGCGUGGAGGAGGCAGUCGGAGAGUACAGAAAAGUCAGUAAGGAAACGCAGAAGUUAAAGAAAUAGUCUCUAACACAUUUGAGGACAUAGAGACGUCAAAGUACGAACAAGCUGAAAGGUCCUUUACUAGGAGCCGGAUAUUAUUGCCACCAUUAGAGUACGGUGGCGGCAUUACUUUUGGCCUUUGUCUCUACUUAUGGUAUCUUUGCAAAAAAACACUACAAUGUCACAAAAUGAUUUCGAAAACCCUAAAAUUAAAAAUAUUUGAUGUCUUAUAAUAACACAUCGCAUAUUUUUUGGUUUUUGGAAUCAUUUUCUAAAAAAAAAUGCGAUAAGGUCAUAAGCAAAAACAGACCACAAGUAAUGCCACCACGCUAUACGAAAUCAGCUAGAUUCUACGGGAUCAAACACUUAAGCGACGAGGUAUGGAACAUUUUUGUGAAAAAAUGAUGGAAGAAAGUAAUGAAUAGUGUCCUUAAAUAGCUGGGGAUCCUGUAGUGCUAGAGAGAGUUGGCAACGUUACGACCACUUAAGUUUGACAUUUAAAAAUGACAGAAACAUUGAUCAGAAACAAUAAAAACGUGGAGGAUAUGGAGCCGUCAAGAUACAGCCCAGAAAAUGUACUAAGGAGAUGGGAAUAUGACCUGGAGGGGAAUUCAGUAACGCUCUGGCAAUGCCAUAUGACAAAUUGGGAUCGAAUCUUAGGAGAGCUUUUUCGAAAAUGCGAUUCUGUAGCCGUGACAUUGCCAUUUCAGGUCACAUGGCAUUGUCAGAAGUCACAUAUUUGAGAUUUCUGGCAAUUCAAAUGACAAUAAAUUUUGUUAAACAAAUCAACCAAGACGUACUGUAUUUUCAUAAAAUAUCAAGUAAAGGGAUUUCAUUAAAAACUCAAUAAAUUGCAUUUUCGAACUCAUAUGAUUUUACAAAAAAAGCCUGAAUAGCAUUGUCAGGUUUCCAACUCACGCAUGACAAUGCCACGAAAAUUAUAAAAUUUCUCUACUGGAAAGCCCUUUACCAAGAGCCAGACAUUAAAGCUACCAUUAGAAUAUACCAGGUCAUUUGUUGGUUCCUUCAGGCCAUUUGAGACUCGAUUCUGUAGGGACGAGAGCGAGAGAACGCUCGAGAAAACGAUUAAAAAGACUAAAAACAUGGUCUUAAACAGCUGAAAAUGCUGAUGUGUUAGAGGAAGUUAGCGAGAGCGAGAAGUUGCCAAGAUUGAGAGAGAGUGGCACGAGAGGCCCAGUUCGUAAAAGGGGCGCUGCAGUCACCUAAGUUUGACAUUUGAAAAUGACAGAAGUCAAAAUUGCAGACACUGGCAUUUAAAAACCACAGGAAAAGUCUUCUUUGUCUUCUUCUAUCUAAAGUUCUGCAACAAAGGACGAAAGGAUGAUUGGCUAUGCAAGUUUGACAUUUAAAAAUGACCGCGAAACCGAAAACUGAUUGACAAAUUGUUUGACAAUCGAAAAUGACAGCAAAGGUCUUCUUUCGUUUCCUACUUUUUAAAGUCUUUCAGAGGUCAAAUGUUCAUUGAUAUUCAAACACAGCACAUUAAAGAACGAAGAGGAGGCUGUCUAAGAAAUUUUGAUAUUUAAAAAUGACAGAAGUCAAAAAUAAAAUAGAUACUAUUUAUUAACUGAAAAUGACCGAAAAGGUUUUGUUUUGCUUUCUUAUCUUUGAGUUUUUGUUUACAGAUCAGAUGUCCGUUGAUAUCUGCACAAAACGCAUCAAAUGACGAACAGCAGGACUGUCUAAGUUAGUUUGACAUUUAAAAAUUCAAAAAGAGUCAAAAAAUGACAGACACCAAAGAGUCUUAUUCUCAUUUUUUCUGACAAGGGUUUCCGGUUUCUCGAGUUUCUCGAUGCAGAAAUUGGGUUUCUCGGGUUUUACAAUGCAAUUUUUGAGUUUCUCGGGUUUCGCGAAGCAAAAAAAGUGGGUUUCGCGCGAUGCACAAAUUGGGUUUCUCGGGUUUUGCGAUGCACAAAUUGGGUUUCUCGGAUUUUGCGAUGCAGAAAUUGGAUUUCUCGGGUUUCGCGAUGCAAAUUUUGGAUUUCUCGGACAAUUAACAAGGGUUUCCCAAUAUGAGUUGCCCCUUGACAGGCAUUGUUUGAAAAUUAAAAAUGAUAAGGAAGGUAUUUCGCGGUUUCUUAUUUUUAGGAUUUUUAGGGGCCAAAUGCCUCUUAGUGGCCGAACUGAAUACAGUAAAGGGCUCUAUACAUUAGGAGAAAUUUCUUUAAAAAAAUGCUUUUUUUUAAAAGAAAAUUGCUGUUUUGUCAAUUAAAAAUGUCAGGGAGAGGUAUUUUUCGUUUUCUUCUCUUGAGAGGUUUCGAUAGGACCGAAAGGAUCGAAAUGAUCGAAAGGAUGGUUAUCUAGGUAAGUUUGACAUAUAAAAAUGACAGUGAAGGUUAUCUUUCAUUUCUUCUCUCUAAACUCAAAAAUGCUGAAAAUUAAUUUACAACAUUUGAAAUUUAAAAUGACAGAUAGAGUUAAAAAUUGACAUCAAACUGUUUGACAUUUAAAAAUGCCAACAUAACCUAAUAUAUCCAUAAGAUAAUAUACUAAUUUGUUCUGCAAAUAAAAAAUAUUGAGGAUCUUUCUUUCGUUUCUCUUUUUUUUGAAACUUUCAGUUUAAAUCGCAAUUCAAAAGUGUUUUAUUUUUUUAAUAAACUAUUUUUUGCAUGGCCAGAAAAGGAGUAGCCAAAUUUUUGAAUUCCACAUUCGAGCUCAUUUCCUUAACCUCAAAUUUCUAACCAUGCAAUUUUACUUUAAUUAAACUUUUCUCUGUUUUAUCUCUUUUAUAUUUCCUUCUUUUUUUUUAAAUAUAUAAAAUUGGCAGUUUAUAUGUUAAAAUAUUUCGAUUUCUGUAGCACCAUGCAGCGAAAAUAUACUUUUCUACUUUUUUCUUUUUAUUUAAAUCGAUUUUUUUAUCAGUUUAAAAAAAAACAAGAGGUGUCUAUAAGUGUUUAAUAAAAAAAAAACUUGAGAAAAAAUUGCAGGUAAAUUGUAAAUGUGAAUAAAUAACGUUCUUUGGGAGGAAAGAGAAUGAAGACAAAAAUGGUGAUUUUUUUUGCAUUUGAGAAAGGAAUUCAAGAAAUAUUUUGAGAAUGUUGGCUAUUUAAAUUAAAUUAAAACAAAAGAACAAUUUAUACAAAUACAUUUGGAUUGAGAUAAAUAAGUUUU